AGUCAGACAAACACGCUAAUAGAGAGGCCGAGACGGGAUGUCAGGGCACAGAAUAAUCAAUUCUGAGCCUUGCACAUGUCGGGGAAUGACACUUGCUGAAGCAACACUAACACUGCUGACAGCAACGGGCACUGGUACUGGUGUCUGCAACAGCGGUGAGGGCAGCAGUAACAACGACAGUGAGGGCAGCAGUAACAACGACAGUGAGGGCAGCAGUAACAACGACAGUGAGGGCAGCAGUAACAACGACAGUGAGGGCAGCAGUAACAACGACAGUGAGGGCAGCAGUAACAACGACAGUGAGGGCAGCAGUAACAACGACAGUGAGGGCAGCAGUAACAACGACAGUGAGGGCAGCAGUAACAACGACAGUGAGGGCAGCAGUAACAAUGACAGUGAGGGCAGCAGUAACAACGACAGUGAGGGCAGCAGUAACAACGACAGUGAGGGCAGCAGUAACAACGACAGUGAGGGCAGCAGUAACAACGACAGUGAGGGCAGCAGUAACAACGACAGUGAGGGCAGCAGUAACAACGACAGUGAGGGCAGCAGUAACAACGACAGUGAGGGCAGCAGUAACAACGACAGUGAGGGCAGCAGUAACAAUGACAGUGAGGGCAGCAGUAACAACGACAGUGAGGGCAGCAGUAACAACGACAGUGAGAGCAGCAGUAACAACGACAGUGAGGGCAGCAGUAACAACGACAGUGAGGGCAGCAGUAACAAUGACAGUGAGGGCAGCAGUAACAACGACAGUGAAGGCAGCAGUAGCAACAGCAACAGCAACAAAAGCAUGGGCAGCAGUAGCACCAGCAGAAAUUCAAGUCGAAAUAUCAGGUAUAAUGAUUGCAUUAACAAUGACAACAACAUGUGGGGAAAGUGUUGGCACUGCCAGCAGUGA